AUCAAAUAAUCUUUUUUUAUUUUCCUAUUAAUUGAUAAAAAAUGACUGCUCUUAAUGCUGUAAGACCACGUAUUUUAACAGUGGGCACAGGGGCUAUUGGAGCUAUAUAUUCUUGGAGAUUAUCAAAAACAUCACAUAUCACAGCCGUAUGUCGAUCAAAUUACGAGGCAGUAAAACAAAAUGGUUUUGACAUAAAGUCAGCAAAAUUCGGAGAAGGAUUAUUUCGCCCUGACGAAGUGGUGCGUUGUGUAUCUGAAGCGGACACGUCAAAAACUCCCUUUGACUAUAUCCUUGUCACAACCAAAGCCUUGCCUGAAUGUUACAAUGUGGCUGACAUCAUUGCUCCUGCUGUCACCAGAGACUCCACUAUUGUUUUGAUACAAAACGGACUCGGUGUUGAGGAGCCUAUCACCGAAAGGUUUCCCAACAAUCCAAUUGUUUCCAUUGUAGCUUAUAUUGGUACUUCUCAAGUGGAACCAGGAAAGAUUGUCAUGAGUGGAAGAGAAUCGUUGCUUAUUGGAAAGUACUUGGCUGCUAAACGAAAUUCAGAUAAAGAAAGAGAGUUUCUGAUAGAUCUCUUUAAAAGAGGAGACGUUGACGUACAGGUAGUUGAUGAUGUAGAAAGGGUACGAUGGCAAAAGCUCUUCUGGAAUGCUGUAUUUUCACCCAUAUGCACGUUGACUGGAAUGAAUACUUCACAAUUGAUAAAAAAUCAAGAAGCCAUGUCUACAGCCAAGAAUUUAAUGUCUGAAGUAAUUGACGCCGCUAUAGCAAAUGGGUAUGAUUUUAAUCACGAGGAACAGAUGCAAAUGAUGAUCUCCAGAACAGAAGCAACAGCUACCAAUUAUAAACCCUCUAUGCAAUUAGAUAGGGAACGCUCAAAUCCGAUGGAGGUAGAAGUCAUUUUAGGGGUCCCUUUAAGAAGGGCAAAGGCAAAGGGCCUUAAAGUACCUCUAUUGGAGCAAAUAUACCAAUUAUGUAGCGCUGCCAACGCUCUUGUAUUACAAACAAAUACUCAGAAGGAGCAAUCAAAAGCAGUAGCAAUUGAAGGAUCUCAUAACAGCGGCUCAGCCUCUAAUCUAUAAUCACUGUGUACAUGAUAGAGCUGAACAGAACGGAUGCUUAAAUAUUACUCCUUUUUGCAAUUUCAAAUAAAUUAUUCUAGUCCAAAUGGCAACAUGGUAAACCAUGAC